AAAAUUUUGUUUCUCUCUCAUCCCAUUCUCUCUCAAGCCUUCUCAAUAUAUAAACCCAUGGAACGCAGAAAAAUGAGGUGCACUUUGAUUGGGAUCUUCUUCCCACUUCUCACUAAAACCUCGUCGUUCUUAAUUCCACCACUCUUUUCCCCAGUAAUAUAUAUACAUAUAUAUAGUGAAAGAUCUUAAUUGAAAAAGUGAAAGGUGUUUGAUUCUGCGGCAUUUGAUGGCUGAGCCACCAUUCUGUCAUGAAACUGAGUUGUCUACUAGCAACUCGUCGUGGUCGCGGAGCAAACGGCCGAGAGAAGACGCCGGCGGCGGCGGCAAGAGUGGUCGGAGGAGUGAUCUGAAGCAUCCGUCGUAUGUGGGUGUGAGAAUGCGGGCCUGGGGGAAAUGGGUGUCGGAGAUCAGGGAGCCCAAGAAGAAAUCUCGGAUCUGGCUUGGGACAUUCGCCACGCCGGAGAUGGCGGCUCGGGCCCACGACGUUGCCGCCAUGUCUAUCAAGGGCGACACCGCCCUCCUCAACUUCCCCGCGCUCGCCGGGCUGCUGCCCCGGCCGGCUUCGUCCACUCCCCGCGACGUCCGGGCCGCCGCCGUCAAAGCCGCCCACAUGGACCACCUCGACCCGCCGAAGCCGCCGUCGUCGUCGUCCUCGUUGGCGUCGUCCCCGUCUUCGUCGUCGCUGGUGUCCACCGUCACGUCCGGCGAAGACGCGUCCACUCCGCCGCAGGAAGAGGAGGACGACGACGCGCCGCCCAGCCCCGCCGAGCUGGGCGAGAUAGUCGAGCUGCCGGAGCUGCGAGACAACACCGAGCCAACUCGGGACGAGUUCAUCUUCGUCGACUCGUACGGUUGGGACUUCUGUCACCCUUGGUCACACCUCGACGACUGCGGUUACUACGCAACCGCCGUCGCCGGAGACGGCUUCGACGCCGUACUUUCCGGCGACUUCGACAGCUGCUUGUGGCAGCAUUGAGAAUGAACCAACGUAACAAAUCAAAUGGUGUGCUUGCCAUUUUUUCCUUUUUUCUUUUAAACUUUAUUUCUUUUAGGACCUAAUAAAUUUGGAAUGUUGAAUGAACUUAACUCCUUUUUUACCCUUUUA